UUAUAUAUUGCGAUUUAAUUGCAAUUCAUAUUUUGGCGCUUGAGAAUAUGACCAGUGCCGGUUAACUAGUUUUGCAAUAUAAGCACCGUCUUUAUCAGUGAGCGCACGAUCUUGUUUUUGCGUUUGUGUAUUUAUGUACUUUUUUAAACUGUAAUCGUGUUUACAUGCCAACUGUCCACCGUCGAGUAUAGUGAGUAAGCAUAUUUCACAAGGAAAAAUUAUCAUGUUACGCAUAGCAAUGGAUCAAGUCGUCCGUGGUUUAACGAGUUCCUCCAAAAUGUUGUGCCGGAGAUUAGAAGGAAAAGUGGCAAUUGUCACAGCAUCUACACAAGGCAUCGGUUUAUCUGUAGCUCGUCGGCUUGCUCAAGAAGGUGCCAAGGUUGUAAUAAGUAGCAGAAGGGAAGCAAAUGUUAAUGGUGCAGUUGAUCAGUUAAAAAAAGAAGGACUUGAUGUUUCUGGCAUUACAUGCCAUGUUGGAAAAGCUGAGGACAGGAAAAAACUCUUAAAUGAGGCUGUGUCAAAAUAUGGUGGUUUAGACAUCCUUGUUCCAAAUGCAGCAGCAAACCCAACAAUGGGUCCAGUACUUGACACUAGCGAGACUGUUUGGGAUAAAAUAUUUGAAAUUAAUGUCAAAAGUACGUUCCUACUGAUGAAAGAGUCAUUGCCAUUAUUGAAAAAUAGUAAAUCACCUUCAAUUAUUAUUAUGUCAUCAAUUGCAGGAUAUCAGCCAUUCAGUGUACUUGGAGUUUAUUCCAUUAGCAAAACAACUUUAUUAGCACUUACAAAAACUGUUGCUGAAGAAUUAGCAGGAGAUGGUAUAAGAGUUAAUUGUAUUGCUCCUGGUGUUAUAAAAACUAAAUUUUCUGAACCUAUGUAUUCUGAUGAAGGGGCUCUUGAGACAACACUUUCUCUCAUUCCAAUGCAAAGAUUAGGAACUCCAGAUGAAAUUGGAGCAGUUGCAGCAUUUUUAGCAAGUGAGGAUGCUUCUUAUAUUACUGGAGAGACCAUUAUAGCUGCUGGAGGAAUGAAAUCUAGGCUUUAGAUACCGUAAGUCGUGAUCAUAGUGAUCAAAUUUAAAAUUAAACAAGACUAUAAAUAUGUAAAUUUUGAUCACGGCUACAAUAGAAAUAGUACAUUGUAUAUUUUAAAUUAACAGGCAUAAGGGAUUUAUGUAAAUAUGUAAAAGUUUUAUACAUUUAUUUUAUUAAAAAAUAUUUUAUAUUCAAGUAAAAUCUAUAAAAAAUA